AUGGGUGUGGUGGAAGAAGCUCAUAACGCGAAGAUCUUGGGGUCAGGAGAGCAAGUGAUAGUUUUGGCUCAUGGGUUUGGGACGGAUCAGUCUGUGUGGAAACACUUGGUUCCACACCUCGUCGAUGAGUACAGAGUUAUUUUGUACGAUAACAUGGGUGCUGGUACUACAAAUCCAGAUUACUUUGACUUCAAUAGGUACUCAGCUCUUGAAGGUUAUGCUUAUGAUUUGCUUGCCAUUUUAGAGGAGUUACAAGUCGUGUCUUGUAUUUUUGUUGGUCACUCUGUUUCUGGCAUGGUUGGUGCUAUUGCCUCCAUCAGUCGCCCUGAUCUCUUUUCUAAAAUUGUCAUGCUUUCUGCUUCUCCAAGGUACCUGAAUGAUGUUGAUUAUUAUGGAGGAUUUGAGCAAGAAGAUUUAGACCAAUUAUUUGAAGCAAUGCAAAACAAUUACAAAGCAUGGUGUUCAGGUUUUGCCCCACUGGCCGUGGGUGGAGACAUGGAUUCCGUGGCAGUGCAAGAAUUCAGCCGCACCCUCUUCAAUAUGAGACCGGACAUAGCCCUUAGCGUGGCGCAGACCAUCUUCCAGAGUGACUUGAGGUCAAUCCUCCAUAUGGUCACAGUGCCCUGCCACAUACUGCAGAGCAUGAAGGACUUGGCUGUGCCGGUGGUUGCCUCUGAAUAUUUGCACCAAAAUAUUGGUGGUGAGUCGAUUGUUGAAGUCAUGUCAUCAGAUGGACACCUGCCUCAGUUGAGCUCCCCGGAUAUUGUAAUCCCUGUGCUUCUUAGGCACAUUCGUUAUAAUAUUGCUGUAUGA